UCUCUUAGCCACGGUUUUUUUUAUUUCGCUAAUAGAGAGAAAUACAAAACUAUGAGCACACCUGCUAAAAACAAUGGCACCGGCUUGGAGGAUGUCAAUAUACCAGGCCAGGCGUAUUUGCGUGAGGCCCUCACCUCAUGCACGGAUCCCCUAAAGGCCAUUGAGAGUUUUCAGCUGGAAAAUGGUGUUCUGUUACCCUCGUUGAGACCUAUGUUACCUCUAUUGGAUUUGCAUGGAGUGCGCCGCUUGGACUUUCACACAUCCCUUAUGGAGGAGCUGCGCGACAAACUGAUAGCCCACAUCAAUGAGUUGGGCCAAAAGGAACCGCGCGAAAGAGACAAAAAACUGAAAGAGCUGCUCGUUAAGAGCUUUCCAGUGGUGCGUGUGAAAUCGUUGAGGCCCGUGGUUAUGGCCAUAUUGAGGAAUACCCAACAUAUCGAUGACAAGUAUCUCAGGAUAUUGGUUAGGGAUCGUGAACUUUAUGCCGAUACAGAUACGGAAGUGAAACGUCAGAUAUGGCGGGAUAAUCAAUCGCUUUUCGGAGACGAAGUAUCACCACUGUUAUCCCAAUAUAUCAGAGAGAAGGAGCACAUACUAUUUGAUCACACAAACCUGAACAAUCUGUUCUUCCAUCCCACGCCGAAGGUUAGGCGACAGGGCGAGGUGGUACAAAAGUUGGCCAAUAUGAUUGGCACCAGUGUGAAACUCUACGACAUGGUCUUGCAAUUUCUGCGUACUCUCUUUUUGCGUACACGGAAUGUCCACUAUUGUACACUCCGAGCAGAGCUCCUGAUGGCCCUGCACGACCUCGAAGUACAGGAGAUAAUCUCCAUUGAUCCGUGCCACAAGUUCACAUGGUGUCUGGAUGCCUGUAUAAGGGAGAAAAAUGUGGAUAUUAAACGGUCCAGAGAGCUGCAAGGAUUUCUCGAUAACAUUAAGCGUGGCCAAGAGCAGGUUCUCGGUGAUUUGUCCAUGACCCUAUGCGAUCCGUAUGCCAUCAAUUUCCUGGCUACCUCUGCCAUCAAAAUUCUGCAUCAUCUGAUUAAUAACGAGGGCAUGCCUAGGGAUAAUCAAAUAUUAAUUCUUCUGCUGCGCAUGCUAGCGCUAGGUUUAAGUGCCUGGGUAAUGAUUGAUUCGCAGGACUUUAAGGAGCCCAAAUUGGAUUCACAAGUAGUUACCAAAUUCCUGCCUGCCUUAAUGUCCCUUAUGGUGGAUGAUCAAUGUCGCAGUCUACAUGCCAAACUGCCACCCGAUGAAAGAGAAUCAGCAUUGACCACCAUUGAGCAUUCCGGUCCAGCUCCAGAUGCUGUCGAAGCCUAUAUUCAGGAGAGUUCAGUGGCCAGCAUUCUCGCCAUGUACUAUACUCUCCACACGGCCAGGCUCAAGGAUCGUGUUGGUGUACUCCGAGUCUUAGCGAUUCUCUCGGCCUGCAAAGAUGAUCGCGCCUAUGAGGAUCCUUUCCUCCACUCAUUGAUUGCCUUACUUAUACCCAUGAGCGAUGAAUUUGCCACUGAAGAUUUUUGCACCACUCUCUUCGACGAGUUCAUUUUUGCUGGCCUCAAUCGGGAGAAUGUGACUUCAAGGCAUAUGCUGAAGCUUUUGUGGUAUGUUCACAAUAAACUGCCGGCCGGACGUUUGGCUACCCUCAUGAAGGCCAUGCAACCGACAACGGCCCACAAUGAGCAUAUACACAAGUUAUAUGAGACACUGCAGGAGAGGAUUGGGGCCGGUACCGCUGAGACGCCGGUAAUGGAGGCACCGCCAGUUGAUUUCGAUUCACCAUUGAAGAGUGUACCAACGCCAGGGCCGCAUUAUAAUGCCCAAUAGCCCGAGGCCACGGCAGUUGUUGCACCAGCCACAACUGUCGUCGGAUAAACAGGGUUAAAUGAGGGAACCGGGACAAAAAGGAAUCCAGAUAGCCAGAAACAAGUCCAAUAUAUUUUCGACUGGAUAGUUUUGAAGUCAAUGCGCAACAUACUUUUACCCUUAGCAUAUACAAAAUUAUAUAUCUUCACUAUUGUAGUUUUUGAGAGAGAUGACACUCCUCCUUCUUCUAGUCUUCUUUGCUCAAUCGCUUGGGAAGAAGUUUCUUUUCUUCGUUCGAUCGUGUUUUUUUCGUUAGUUUGUACAUGAACGAUAUAUACAACUCUAUCGCCUAUACAUAUAUACAUAGAUACAUAUACUUAUUACACAUUACAAAGAACAUAGAUAUAUAUAUAUAAAAC